AUGAAAUCAUUUCAAAAAUCUUAUGAAUUCGAUUAUCCAUGGGAAAAAGUAACCACAGCAAACUGGAUGAAAUAUCCAAACAAGAUCUCUACUCACGUUAUCGCAGUUGACGUGCUUCGCCGGGAACUCAAAGAACAUGGCAACAUACUCCUUUCAGAACGACUGAUAACCAUACGUCAAAACACUCCCCGUUGGAUGUCCAUCUUGGUUGGGAAUACCAAUCUAGCAUACGUGCGAGAAGUCUCCACGGUUGACCGAAGGGACAGAUCAUUAACCAUGAGAAGUUGUAAUAUGACAUUCCCGCACAUUUUGAAGUGCUACGAAACUGUAAAUUAUGUGCCACAUCCGAAUAAUCCAUCAAACAUGACUCUCUUCAAGCAAGAUGCAAAAUUUAUAUCCCAUAUUCCGACGAAAACCUUCAGUGAAAAGGUGGAAAACUGGGGUGUUAAACGAUUUAGCGACAAUGCAAUGAAGGGUAAGGUUGGAUUCGACAGCAUUCUGGCAAUGUUUAAUGAUAUAUGGAAGGAUGGUGACGAAUAG